AUGACCGAACCAUGCCCCGCACUAAAAAUUCCCCCAGAAAUUUUCAUCAACAUAUGCCUCGACUUACCACCCGCCGACCUCCUUUCUCUCGCUCGUGUUUGCAAGAAAUUUCACGCAUACCUUUGCUCGACUAACUCGACCACCACCCAAGAGAUCUGGAAAAAUUCGAGGAUGCAAUUCAUGCCCCAGGUUCAGAUGCCACCACCCGAACAGAUGGACGAACGGCAGUACGUGAAACUGCUGUUUGAACGCGGAUGUCAGUUUUGUGGAAAGCCGAGAGUUAGAAGAGUUUAUUGGGCAUUUCUCGCAAGGUGCUGUAAAUCUUGUUUGGAAGAAAGAACCAUGAGACUCGAUCAAAUCCGACGCGACCUACUAUCUCAGGGCUCGGUUCCCGACGACAUUCUCUGCGGACUGACUCACACCACCAGUUAUUACAAAUGGGGUUGGGAUCGUAGUCCCAAGAACCGUCCUGCCAACCUCUAUUGGAUCGAAGACGUUCAUAAGGCCUAUCUCGAGUACACCAAACUUUCCAGCGAAGCCCGAAAAUCUUGGCUCGCCGCCAGACGCAAGGAAGGUCAUCAGAAAAUGGAAGACGUCGCAAAACGGGAGAUCGAGCAUGAAAACGCGUAUUGGUCUAAGACUGAGGAUAAUGAGAAGAAACGCGAGGAACGAGCAUCGACAAUCGAAAGCUUGAUUAAGAAGGAGAAAAAUGAAUAUGGAUUUCCAAGAUUUAAGAUGGCUUAUGUGGAACAAUGCAUGGUUUACAAUAAGGCGAUGAUGUCUUCGUCAACACACCCUUUUACCGAACGUGCUUGGAUUGGAUUUAGGAAUAAGUUGAUCCCACAGCACGACAAGAUUGCGGCAACUCAUAAGGCUCAACGACAAGCCACCGAGAGACAUUUUUCAUAUGACGUUGCCGUGCAAACUAGACAGAUGGAUAUAGUUAAAACGUGUUUUGAAUUGCUACGUCCUGAGAUUGAACUUCGGACCAUGUAUCCGGACGGGAGCAAUGGGAAUAAUAAUGGCACUCAGACAACCACGUCAGGGGUUUCAGACGCAAAUUCAAAUUCUACAAACGAUACCAAUACCACGCAGUCACAGUCCGUUUUUGAGUCUGGAUUGAUUAAAUUUCUCCCUUGGUGCCAGUCUUUUCGAAAUCCACCAUUUAUUGACAAUGAUCCGACAACACUCUGGGAUGAGGAUUUUUUAAUGGGAGUGCUUAUGCCUCAACUUCGCACCGAGGCCAUGCACCUGAGAGAUAAUCCCGCACCUUCAACAGAAGUUCGGGGAGCAGUUCUUAACAGUGGAUUGGGUAACAAAAGAAUUUUUAAGUGUGCACUUUGUCAACAUUGUCAUUCUGAACUCUGCGAAGCCCAACUCCAAAAUUCACAAGAUUUCGAGGAAGGUGAAACCAAGGAACAGCAACUUUAUUCGUUCUUUGAAAUUAGACUACACCUCGUUAAGAGCGAACAUAAUAUCCGGAUGAUCAAUGAAGAUUCCAUGAUAAUCGUGGUUCCCGAAGCCUUCGAAACUGCCGAGACCGCUCAAUCGUUUCCUAGAAAUAAACCCGAGAUAUUUUUUGCUGUUGGGUUUAAUUGUAACCUGAUUGUAAAUUUGUGA